CUGACGUCGAACGCAUUCAUUAACGAAAUCAUCUACCGUGACUACCAAUUCUUUACAUUAAAUCAAAAUCCUUACUCUUAUCAAGUAGUGAUAAUAUCGUAACUAUCCAAGAUAACUCCAUCUUUAUCGGGCGACGAAAUUUUAAACUCGGUAGAAAGGGACGGUGAAUCAAAGUUUUAGGUGUGGUUAAGAAAAAUUAUGCCGUCGUGCGUGCCGCGAUCAGUGUUCGUCGGCUCACCUGACGUGCGGGCGUGCGAUCGAUAGCGCACGGUGCGGCACUAGCCCGUUUAAAAUUCGAACGGACCGAAUUCCGGGAGGCCAAUAGCCGUCGCGCGAACUCUUUGAUCGCAGCGCUAUAGUGAUGUGUGUGAUGUAAGAUAUUGUUGUCGAUAGACACAGACACGGUGAUCGUGACAAACAUGAUGACUAUGGACGUCGGGAUGUACAACAACCAGCAGAACGGGUACGGGGGCGCCGAGUACUAUCAGCAGGGGGCAGCAUACCAGCCACCUUACGAGGGCUAUCAUGAGGGCUAUUACGAAACUCCCGGACACUACUACGAACCUUUACUUCAUGGACAGACGCAUGAGCAUCCACCUACACCUGUUAUAAGUACGGACACUGGUUUAUGUUAUACCAAUCUAGACUAUGGCGAGCUUCAGCCAAACUACCCUAUACAUACGUUACCAACUCAUCCAGAGCCGUUCAAACACAGAGAAGACGUGCCUAGGCACGACGAGAUGGUAAUGCAUGAACACAAACUGGACAAUCACUACCUGGAGACAAAGUAUAACAUGCACUUUGUGGAUGAGACGACGAUGCAGUAUAACCACGCAGGGUCACCGCUCCCGUGUCCUGAGUUCGAACAUUACCAGCCGAAGGAUGAGUUCGGAGGGCUGAGGGACGGGUUCCCGAGAGAGGAGUGCAUGACCUCCCACAGUCACCUGCAGGGUCAUCAGCCGCACGCGUCCCAUGCUACUGUACCUACCUACAAAUGGAUGCAGGUCAAGAGGAAUGUACCUAAACCUACUGCUCCGAAACUAAUGAUACCUCCGACCGAGUUCGUCAGCCAGGGCGGCAUCGGCAGCCCGCAGGAGGGAAUGCGCACCCCCACCAGCGGCCAGAUGCUCGCCAACCCUCUCCUCAACCUGAACAACACCGGCCGCACCAACUUCACCAACAAACAGCUCACAGAACUUGAGAAGGAGUUCCACUUCAACAAGUAUCUGACGCGAGCAAGGAGAAUAGAAAUAGCCUCAGCACUACAGCUCAACGAAACACAAGUCAAGAUUUGGUUCCAGAAUAGGCGGAUGAAGCAAAAAAAAAGGAUCAAAGAAGGCCUCAUUGUCGCCCCUGAAGUGACCCCGACCUCAACCUCCCAAGCCAGCGUUGUCGGCUCCAGUGAGAACAGCCGCGAGUCCAGUUAAAUUUUCUCGAUGGUUUUCAAAGACGAUUAUAGAGUGAACUGUUGUUUUAUCGAUUCCAUGAUCAAGUGGUUCUAUAGUUUUGUUUAUUACAAAAUACCUACUGACAGUCAGUUCGGAAUAAUGUUUACUGUUUUGUGUGGUUUAAUCCUUAUUUUUAUUGUGUUUAUUGUAUUUGUGAAUCGAUAGUUUCUUUGUAGCGUUGUCCGUCAGAUAAAUCAAUUUUAUUAUUUCGUAAUACCGGUAGGAUAUUUGGUGUUUCCUGCCGUUGGACUAAAGAAAAAUAUGCUUCUGUAGAACACUCUCUGGAAGCUUUCAUAAAAUAAAUGGGUGCUGAAGAUGAAUGGAGAAAAGUUGAAGAUGAUAAAGCAGUAGGGCAUUGUACAUUUAAAGUUCGAAUGAGAGUGUAAAAAUAUAUAUUGAUGAUUAAUAUUCUGCUUGUCCUGAAUCGGGAUAAGACCAGAUUAUACAAUCUAAUAAAUAAGAAUAAAAACUAUUAUAACCAGUGAAAAAACAUUGAAUGAAAAGUAGAUAGCGCGUAGAUUGUUUUAAUUGCAACAUUGAUUUUGAAAAUGAAACUUAUAUCAAAAGAGAUUAUUGUAAUAAUGUAAAAGUUAUAAAGGCUCAAUUACCCUGAUUAGUAUAAACCAACGGAUGUGUCAACGUAAUGAAUUUUCUUAGAUGUAUAUGUAAAUUUCAAAUCACAAGCUAGAUGUUACUUUUAAGAUCAAGUGCUGUUUAUCUAGAUCGCUUUUAGAAUCGUCCGUUAGGAGGUACAUAAGAACAAUAUCAUUAGUAUAUUAGUAUUUUUUUAUUUAUUUUUUAAAGAUCCUUGAUCCUUAUUAUUUUUAGACCAAAGCUUGUUUUUUCUUUAAUUUAUUCUAUAGAGUCAGUGACAUUAUUGAAUGAAUGUUGUUGCUUCUGUUUGUUCUUCUACGUUGAUUAUCUUUUAAUUUCCAUUUUGGGUUCUGACCGCUUUCUCCUUUUCUUUUCUUGCCUUAAAAUAUAUUUUCAGUACUAUUGAAGACAUUCAUUGGUAAUGUAAUUGACUGUGAUUUUCAGAUGUAAACCUGCUUAAACUUAAUGACAUUUUGCGGAAAAGUUAUUUUUUAUGUUAAUAAAUGAUUCCAAUUCUACAUAGUUGAAAAUAAAUAGAUAGUAAUUUUAGCUGCAGAGCUGUUUUAAGAGAAGCAGAAAAAUCAUUAACUUUAAAUAAAUAAAAUAGUAUGCAAUUGGAUAUUUUCUACAUUUGUAACUAAUAACAUUCUGUCUAUCUGUCUGUACAUCUUGAAUAAGUUUUCCAUUAGUACGUUGACGAUACUAGUCUUAAUUUUGUAAUUAUAUUGUGUACAAAUCGUAUAAUGUAUAUAAUAGUCGUGUGUUAGGUCCGUCUGAGUGUAAAUUAUGUAUUAAGAUAGCGACUACUACUUUAUCAUUAAAUUAAUUGUACCUAUUUUCA